ACGGGCCUUCUGGCUUCGGGAUCGACAAUAGUGGUGCUGUCCAAGUUCGACAUGGGCGAUAUGCUGUCGGCGAUCCAGAAGUCGGCGACGUACCUGCCGCUGGUGCCGCCUAUACUGGUGGCGAUGAUGAACGGUGCGGAUGCGAUCAAGGCGAAGUACGAUUUGAGAUCACUACAUUCGGUUCUGUCGGGUGGGGCUCCUCUGAGUAAGGAGGUGAUAGAGGGCUUUGUGGACAAGUUCCCGAAUGUCACAAUUCUCCAGGGUUACGGGUUGACCGAAUCCACGGGAGUCGGGGCAUCCACGGACUCACUGGAGGAGAGUCGGAGGUACGGCACGGCCGGGCUGUUGUCACCCGGCACCGAGGCCAAAGUGGUCGACCCUGUAACUGGAGAGGCUGCGCCUAAUCGGACCGGUGAACUCUGGCUCAGAGGUCCCACUAUCAUGAAAGGUUAUUUCAGUAACGAGGAAGCAACCAGCUCGACCCUUGAUUCAGAGGGAUGGUUGAGGACUGGAGAUAUUUGCUACAUUGAUGGCGAUGGAUAUAUUUUCAUCGUUGAUAGGUUGAAAGAGCUUAUUAAAUACAAGGGAUAUCAGGUGCCACCAGCGGAACUAGAGGCCUUGUUGCUUACUCAUCAUGCAAUUUCAGAUGCUGCUGUCAUACCAUUCCCGGAUAAGGAGGUCGGGCAGUAUCCCAUGGCAUACGUAGUGAGGAAAAGAGGAGGUGAUGUGUCUGAAAAGGAAAUCAUGGAUUUUGUGGCAGCACAGGUUGCUCCAUAUAAGAGAAUUCGAAGAGUGGCAUUUAUUUCUUCAAUACCCAAGAACCCAUCUGGCAAGAUCCUCAGGAAGGAUCUCAUCAAGCUCGCUACAUCUAAACUUUGAAUUCAACACUCGGGAGUUUUCCAUGUUGAUCAUAUAUGGUCAUUCUCUAGCUGCCUCCCAGUCUUUCGAUGUUUAUUAUGUAUAAUUCUCUUGCCUUUUUAUUUUUAUUUUUUCGGUUUGAUAAUGGCCAUCGUUUUUAUCUUUAUUUUAUGCUGUCAGAAGUUGGCCCCGUCUUCCCCCCCCCCUUUCAAAAAACAAACUCAAUGAUAUCCUCCCAGCUCAGUCUUGCAUCUGUAAAGGACAGAAAGUGGUGCCACGUGUGGUUUUAUCACCUCUUGUAAA